ACGAUGAGACGCUUUCUCUGCCGCUCAACACCGGGCUCGGUCUGAGGGGAAGGCUGAGCAGGAGGCGCCCGGGACCCGGCGGCGGGUGGAGGCAACAUGCAGAAGAGCGUGCGCUACAACGAGGGGCACGCCCUGUACCUGGCGGUGCUGGCUCGCAAGGAGGGCACCAAGCGCGGCUACCUGAGCAAGAAGACGGCGGAGACGAGCCGCUGGCACGACAAGUGGUUCGCGCUCUACCAAAACGUGCUCUUCUACUUCGAGAGCGAGCAGAGCGCCCGGCCCGCGGGCAUGUACAUGCUGGAAGGCUGCACCUGCGAGAGGGCGCCGGCCCCCAAGGGCGCCUCCGCCGUCAGCGCCAAGGAGGCUGCGCUGGACAAGCAGUACUAUUUUACCGUCCUCUUUGGUCAUGAAGGACAGAAGCCACUUGAGCUCCGUUGUGAGGAGGAAGCGGAUGGGGAAGAAUGGGUAGAGGCUAUUCACCAAGCCAGCUAUUCAGAUAUCCUGAUUGAGCGGGAAGUUUUAAUGCAAAAAUAUAUUCAUCUAGUUCAGAUUGUAGAGACAGAAAAGAUUUCAGCCAAUCAGUUACGACAUCAGCUUGAAGAUCAAGACACAGAAAUUGAAAGGCUUAAAUCAGAGAUUGUAGCUCUUAACAAAACAAAAGAACGAAUGCGACCUUAUCAAGGCAACCAAGAAGAAGAAGAUCCUGAUAUUAAGAAAAUCAAAAAGGUUCAGAGUUUUAUGCGAGGUUGGUUGUGUAGAAGAAAAUGGAAGACAAUUGUCCAGGAUUACAUUUGUUCUCCACAUGCAGAAAGUAUGCGAAAGAGAAAUCAGAUCGUUUUCAACAUGGUUGAGGCUGAAUCUGAAUACGUACACCAGCUUUAUAUCCUUGUGAAUUGUUUUCUAAGGCCGUUAAGAAUGGCUGCAAGUUCAAAGAAACCACCAAUUAGCCAUGAUGAUGUCAGUAGUGUAUUCCUGAACAGUGAGACUAUAAUGUUUCUUCAUGAAAUAUUUCACCAAGGAUUAAAAGCAAGAAUAGCAAACUGGCCUACUUUAAUUUUAGCUGAUUUAUUUGAUAUCCUGCUACCAAUGCUGAAUAUUUAUCAAGAAUUUGUUCGGAAUCAUCAAUAUAGUCUCCAGGUCCUUGCAAACUGCAAGCAGAACAGAGAUUUUGACAAACUCUUGAAGCAGUAUGAAGCCAACCCUGCCUGUGAGGGCAGAAUGCUUGAGACAUUCCUUACUUACCCCAUGUUUCAGAUUCCUAGAUAUAUAAUAACCCUCCAUGAACUUCUGGCUCACACACCGCAUGAGCACGUAGAAAGAAAAAGCCUUGAAUUCGCUAAAUCUAAGCUAGAAGAGCUUUCAAGAGUGAUGCAUGAUGAAGUGAGUGACACAGAAAACAUACGGAAAAAUCUGGCAAUAGAAAGAAUGAUAGUAGAGGGUUGUGAUAUAUUAUUGGACACCAGCCAAACUUUUAUACGACAAGGUACUCUGAUACAAGUACCUUCCGUUGAGAGGGGGAAACUUAGUAAAGUUCGCCUGGGAUCAUUGUCUUUGAAAAAAGAAGGAGAAAGACAAUGUUUUUUAUUUACAAAACACUUUUUAAUUUGUACAAGGAGCUCUGGAGGAAAGCUGCAUCUACUUAAGGCAGGAGGUGUUCUCUCCUUAAUAGAAUGCACACUAAUUGAGGAGGCUGAUAUGAAUGAUGAUGACUCAAAAGGUUCUGGGCAAGUAUUUGGACAUCUUGACUUCAAGAUUGUGGUUGAACCGGCAGAUGCACCUCCUUUUACCAUUGUCCUGUUAGCCCCUUCACGGCAGGAAAAAGCAGCCUGGACAAGUGACAUUAGUCAGUGUGUCGACAACAUACGGUGCAAUGGUUUAAUGACCAUAGUAUUUGAAGAAAACUCCAAAGUCACUGUGCCACAUAUGAUCAAAUCUGAUGCACGUCUUCACAAAGAUGACAUUGACAUCUGCUUCAGCAAAACACUAAACUCCUGCAAAGUGCCCCAGAUUCGUUAUGCAAGCGUUGAACGCCUUUUGGAGAGAUUAACAGACUUGCGAUUUCUCAGUAUUGAUUUCCUUAAUACUUUCCUACAUACUUAUCGCAUAUUUACUACUGCAGCGGUUGUCUUGGAGAAACUGUCGGAUAUAUACAAAAGGCCUUUCACCUCAAUUCCUGUUAGAUCUUUGGAAUUGUUUUUUGCUACUAAUCAAAACAACAGAGGAGAACACCUGGCUGACGCAAAAUCACCACACCUUUGCCGCAAAUUCUCUUCCCCUCCACCUCUGUCACUCUCUAGGACUUCCUCGCCUGUCAGAACCAGAAAACUGUCACUAAGUUCCCCACUAAAUUCUAGGAUAGGGGCUUUAGAUCUGUCUACGUCCUCUCUUGCCAGUAGUCCUACCUCAACAUACAGCCCUGCCACUUCACCACCGCCCAUAUCUAAAGUACCAUUGGACCUUAGCAAAGGCCCUUCAUCUCCAGAACAAAGUCCUGGCUUUGCAGACGAAAACUCAGAGAAUCCACGUAUUGAGCUUUGCAACAAACUAAGGAGAAGCAUCCGAAGAGCAGCGGUUCUGGAAUCUGUAUCAGUGGAUCGCACUAUCCCAGAAAGUGCCUCAACUGUGGAUACUCCUGAGCUCUCCCCGUGUAGAUCCCCUUCGACUCCACGACAUCUACGUUAUCGACAGCCAGGGGUACAGGCGACUGACAACAGUCAUUGUUCCGUUUCCCCUGCUUCUGCUUUUGCUAUUGCUACAGCUGCAGCUGGGCAUGGGAGCCCACCAGGGUUUAAUAACUCUGAACGAACAUGUGAUAAGGAGUUCAUAAUACGUCGAGCAGCCACUAAUCGUGUCCUGAAUGUCCUUCGCCACUGGGUCUCAAAGCAUUCUCAGGAUUUUGAGCUAAACAAUGAACUGAAGAUGAAUGUUCUAAAUCUGCUAGAAGAAGUUUUGAGAGAUCCUGACCUUUUGCCACAAGAAAGAAAAGCUACAGCAAACAUCUUGAGAGCGCUCUCUCAGGAGGAUCAAGAUGACACCCAUUUAAAAAUUGAGGAUAUAAUGCAGAUGUUAGAGUGUCCAAAACCAGAGUGCUUUGAAACUUUAUCGGCUAUGGAACUCGCUGAACAAAUCACUCUCUUAGAUCACAUUGUUUUCAGGAGCAUACCCUAUGAAGAGUUCCUUGGACAGGGUUGGAUGAAACUGGAUAAAAAUGAAAGAACACCUUAUAUAAUGAAAACCAGUCAACACUUUAAUGAUAUGAGCAACCUUGUGGCUUCCCAAAUUAUGAAUUAUGCUGACGUUGGUUCCCGUGCUAAUGCAAUUGAGAAAUGGGUAGCAGUGGCAGACAUCUGCCGAUGUUUGCACAACUAUAAUGGUGUGCUUGAAAUCACAUCAGCCUUGAACAGAAGUGCAAUCUACAGACUGAAGAAAACCUGGGCUAAGGUUUCUAAACAGGCUAAAGCCCUUAUGGAUAAACUUCAGAAGACUGUAUCAUCUGAGGGAAGAUUUAAGAAUCUCAGAGAAACACUCAAGAAUUGCAAUCCCCCUUCAGUGCCAUAUCUUGGGAUGUACUUGACAGACCUGGCAUUUAUUGAAGAAGGAACACCCAACUUUACUGAAGAAGGCCUUGUCAAUUUUUCCAAAAUGCGAAUGAUAUCACAUAUUAUCAGGGAGAUUCGACAGUUCCAACAGACUUCUUAUCGCAUAGAAUACCAACAAAAGGUCACUCAGUACUUACUUGACAAGAGUCUCAUCAUAGAUGAAGAUACUUUGUAUGAACUGUCCCUAAAAAUUGAACCUAGGCUGCCUGCCUGAAAAAAAAUCAGUGCUGUCCUUCAGCCUAUGGAGAACUUUACAGUAAUGGGGAAAUUAUGCAUGGUGUGCCCCCCCUACAGAAUGCAAGGGUGAAAGCUGGAAGAAAUUCAAAUUCCCUUUUCGAUUAAGGGACUCAGAGCCUCACAGAGAUUCCUUUUUGGGCACAGAGAAGCAGUAGCUGGAAGUAAAAGACCAAACGCCAGAGAUGUUGAUUAAACAGCUGUUGUUUUGCAAACGUUCAGUGAAACAGAGACCUAAUGAAGAAGAAAGGAAAUGGCUGUAAUAACCAAACUGAAUGAGGCGAUAAUGGGGCAAAGUUAGGUAUGGAUAACACAUUCCAUCAGACUUCAGUGAAUGAGGAAAUACAAGUGUAAAGGCUUUGCCUACCCUGACUUGGAUACAAUGCAGGAUCCACAAACAGCAUGCAAGGAACUGCGUAUUUUGAUCCAGUUUGCAAUUCAUCGUGUCCAUUGUAAAGUAAUAUUUUAAUCCAUAGAUAAUAUUUAAGAGCAUCAUCAACUGCAUUUGUUAUUUAAACCAUUCAUUUUAAUUGAAAGUAUCUCAUUCGUCAAUAAAUCCUGGUAUCUCCUUUCCCCAAAAGGCUGGGGAACAGAGAUGCAGCUUAUAAAAAGCUACCUUAAUAUUGUACAUACAUUUUUCCUUCUCUAGAUGUAUGAUUAGUUAAUCUAGGGCACAAAUGGAUACACUACCUUACAAUGUUGUCAGACACACACACUUAGGUGGACUCUUAAGUUUGAUAUUUGAGUUCCAUGGCAAAGACUGGCCCUAUAGAACAGGAAUGGGGAACUGACCAAUUGUCAUGCUGGUGGAGAUUGAUAGUAAUUGCAGGCUAGCAGCAUCUGUAGGGCCACUAAUCCCCCACCAUCCCCUACUUAUAGUAGAUUAAUUGCUUUGCUCUUGGUUUUGGCAGAGCUAUUUCUAUAACUUUUGUUUUAAAAUAUGUUCCCCAAUAUUGAGCAUACCAUGUGUGCUCCUGUGCAUAUAUGCAGAGCACUUUACAUGUGUGGGCUUCCUCCAUCAACUUUGGAGAGCAGUUCCAAGCAACUAACCGACGGCUAGCACUACUAAGCUUUUCUCCCCACCCUCCUUGCAUUAGAACCAAAGCCCUAUCUCCCAUCAGGAAUAGGUCAACCAAAGUAAUCAUAUGACUGCAGCGUAUGACUUUGAACUCCUGUUAGUCUCAUGUACUUUAGAACCGGUUCUAAAGGUUUAGAUGUUGGCAGUGUCAGACAGAUCACACCCAUGCAUUGCUGCUACAUGCCAUUGCACUGUGAUGUGCA